CUCCUGCUGCAGCGCUGCGGGGCUUCCCUGGCCCCCUACCUCACCGACGUUAUCCGCAUCCUCCAGGCCACCCUCCUCGACCACUAUGCCGAGGUCAGGCGUGAAAGUUGCAGGUGCGCCGUGGCCUGCGCCCAGGCCAUGCCAGAGCACUUCCAUAUGCAGUCAGAAUCUCUGAUAAAACCCUUAAUGCAAACAAUUUCACACCAGCACUACAGAGUUCGUGUUGACGUAAUUCAGGCUACUGGAGCAGUAAUACAGUUUGGAAAUGGAAAGUCUGUGGAUGAUGUUCUGUCUCAUCUGGCACAGAGAUUAUUUGAUGAGAUUCCCAAGGUUCGGCAUGCUGUAACAACUGUCAUUGGAGAAUGGUUGUUGCACCUACGAGAUAGAUAUUCCUAUUUUCACAAGUUGAUCCCUUUGUUGCUUGGCAGCUUUACUGAUGAAAUUCCUGAAAAUACGAAACUGGCUUGGACUUAUUGGGAAAAGAUAGGCUUGCAGUGGGAGAAAGAGAAUGAAGAAGAUCUGAAGGAUAAGAUGGAUUUUAGUGUUUCACCAUCUCAUUAUCCCAAAGGAGUGACUCGACCGGGACUAGGUUGUCGGGAACUUGUGUCAAGAAACCUCUCCAAAAUCCUUCCAGGUCUCUGUCAUGAUAUAACAGACUGGGUUGGAAGCACAAGAAUAAAAGCAUCCCAGCUUCUGUAUACAUUAUUGCUACAUACAGAGGAUCACAUAACACAACACAUGGAGCUACUGCUUAGAACUUUGUACCAAGCAUGCUUGGAUGAAGAAAGUGAUGUUGUAAAAAAUUGUGUGAAAGCAGCAGAAUUGAUUGGAACGUUUGUCAGCCCUAAGGUGUCGUUGAGAUUAAUCACAUCAGCCUUUGGGAAGACACCUAAGCCAUCUUGUAUAAUGGUUCUAACUGCAGUGGUUCGAGGUAGCCCAAAAGAAAUCUUACAGCCUCAUUUGACUGAUCUUGGCAACACACUGUCACAAGCUGGAGUUUGUCAACGAUCUGAAGAGGUCUUUUAUAUGGAGCAGUUGCUUUGUUGUGUACAAGCAUUGAUUGAAGUAUGCCAGGAAGACUGCAAAGAAAUAAGCUUGCAGCUAAUGAAAGUUUUGGUGGCAAUAAUGGCAAUACCAUGUUCUCAGCACCUUAAAGAAAAGGUAGAGGAAACAAUGUCUUCAUUAGCUGAAGUGCAGCAAUUGGAUAGUUUUCUUUACCUCUACAAACAGCAUAUAAUUCAGCUUAUGGAAUGGGUGUCAGUAUCAUGUGAUUGUUGGACAUGCUAUUCUCCAGAAAUAUUACAGUUAGAUGUCAUCGCAACUCAUUCAGGUCCCGUCAUAGGUGAAGCUCUGAAUAACUUUAUUCUCAUUCUUAAAACGUGUCUUCAGCCAAACAAAGAUCCCCAGAUGCGGUUAAAACUUUUCACUGUUUUAUCACAGUUGCUUCAGAAAGCAAGUGAAACCGUCAAUUCUCAGGGGCUGUUCCCUAGCUACCUUGAGACUGUGAUAAAAGACAUACUGGCUCCUAAUCUGCAGUGGCAUGCUGGAAGAACAGCAGCUGCCAUCCGCACUACAGCUGUAUCAUGCCUUUGGGCUCUUAUUCACUGUGAAAUGCUUUCACCGAAAGAGACCUUAAAAGUCAAAGAUGGGCUAAUGCCCCAGAUUAUUGCCGCCAUGGAUGAAGACUCUAAAAUUACUCGACUGAUGGCUUGUCGUAUUGUUGGUGUUUUUUUAAAAGUCUGUGGGAGACAGUUUGAUGAAGAUAAAUUUACCAACACUUACACAG